AUGGCGAAAGAUUCCCAUACAUUGCAAAAAGGUGCUGUCGUCCAGCACAUCGCCAAAGCCCAUAACCUGAAAGGUCACCUGCCUGAAGGGAGCAUGGAAUCUUUGGCAACAACCAUUCGUUUCGUCACGCUGAACUGCCGAACACUAUCGAGUGAACUCCAACAAGCCGCUCUAUUCAGACUUCUGCGAUAUCUCUGUUACGGCGAUGCUGAUGAGAACAAAGUCGGUGGCUGCGCGAUAUCUGUGAGGGAUGAUUACAAGAAACUGGCGGAGGAAUUUGGCUCAACGUCGUCUAGAUGCGCUUUUCUACAACUGCGGGAUCGCAGAGGAUGUAAACUCUGGAUCGUAAGUGCUCACGCACCUACGGAAACCGCUGAGGACAACAAAAAGGACGCCUUCUGUGAUGAACUCAAUGCGUUGAUGUCUAAAAUACCAAGCCAACAGGUAGUCAUUGUCGGAAUCGACGAAAAUGCGAAGAUGGGACUCGAACAGCAAUCCGAUAUGCUAGGAAAAUGGUAUUAUCCAGCGGAGCGCACGUCGGACAACGGUGACCGUCUGUCGACUUGUGCGAACAGACGGGCUUCAUCAUCGCUUCCACGUUUCUACGUCCACGAAUCAUCGACGCCAUCAGCUCACCUUGACUACGUUCUGGCGACGAACAUUCCUCAGUCAGAUAUCCGAAAAUCUAAAGCUGUUUGGGACUUCGUGUUCGACUCCAACCACCGUCCAGUUCUUCUCAGCUUCAAGAUACGGUUGCACAAGAGAAACCGAGGAGUUCCUCUUCAACCGAAAAUCGACAUGGCAGGUCUGAAAGACGAUGAAUGCAGAACAAAAUUCCGCCAACUUGUGUCUAUUCAUGACGCUGCAAGGGAAACGCUCCAGGUUCUAUUGCCGUGGAAGAAGUUUGCCUUUGCAUCUGCGGAAACAAAAUCCACGUACAAUUCUGUAUGUGUCGCGCGCAGCGCUGAUGACUUCAACCAGGAAAAGCGUCUUAGAAGGAAGCUGCGUCGUCAACUGCAACAAGACCGUGAUAACGAGUGGACGUCAAGAGCGAUGGAGUUUGAGAAAGCGUGGGAGGACAGGAACCCGCGGAAAGCCUGUGCUUUACUGAAACAGUAUAGCGGCAAAAUGAAAAGAUGUUCUCCUGUCCUCAACAAUGCCAAUGGAGUACCUGUCGGUGAAGCAUUCCUUCCAAUUUGGAGAGAACACUUCAAGACCUUGCUGAACCGACUAGCACCGUCAACUCCUGAACUCGAACACGUUCAUAGACCGACGUAUGCGGUUAACGAAGAGCCACCGACCGAGUCGGAGGUUCUAGUCUGUAUUCAGAAAAUGAAGAAUGGAAAAUCUGGUGGAGACGACGGGAUUAGCGCAGAAAUGCUAAAAUAUCUUCCUCCGUCUGGGAUUCGUGAGAUGACAAAGAUCAUCCGUUCAAUAUGGAUAGACGAAAGGACACCUGAUUCGUGGAGGCACGCUAUCAUAAUUUCCCUCCACAAGAAGUUAUCCGUCACGGACCCCAGGAAUUAUCGAGGAAUCUCUUUGCUGCGUGUUAUGUACAAGGUAUUGGAGCGCAUUAUCCUGGACCGACUCAUUAAAAAUCGCGAAGAAACAACGCGCGACGAGCAAGCUGGCUUUCGUCCUGGCCCAUCUACGAUUGAACAGGUGUUCAUCGUCAAGAGAGUGAUCGAAAUCUGGCAGCGAUAUUCGAAGAUAAUGCAAUAA